CCUUUCACCGCAAAGUCCAACGUUUGCCAUUUUGUAUAAAUAGUGGCUGUUAUUCAGCAUAUUUUCUGGCAUCAUUCUACAUCACUUUCUCUCUCAUCUACAAGACUCUCGCAUCUCAAAAGACAUCUUCCCGCUCAUCAAAAUGAAGUUCAGCAUCCUCACUGCCCUUACCGCCAUUGUCGGCAGCGCUGCCGCCGCUAACCAGGCUGUUGUCACCAACGACUGCUCUGGUACUAUCUAUGUUCAGUCUUGGCCUUAUAAUGGCGGUGCUCCUGGACCUCUGGUGACCCUCAAGCCCGGACAGAAGUUCUCUGAGAACCUUCGCUCCACUGGAUCGACCGUCAAGAUUGCUACUACCAAGACUCUCACCAACCCUCUCUUCUUCGGUUACUCCUCUACCUCCAAGCCCAACUACGUUUACUGUAAGUCAAUCCCCCAUAAGCUUCAGCAUCUACAUUAUCUAACAAAAUUCUACAGACGAGUUCAGCACGUAAGUUCAAGUACCUGCUCGCUGUCCUAAUGUUAUACUGACAUAUUUAGUCAAUGGGGUAACCCCUUCGCCAACAAGCACAACAUCCUCACCACUGGUAAGGGAUGCAAGCAGUUUGACUGCAAGGCCGGUGAUGCUUCUUGCUACAGCACUCCCAGCAUGAAGAAGGUAUAUGGUUGCCCUAGCCCUGCCACUAUCUCUGCCACCAUCUGUGCCAAAUAGAGGAGACGUCCAGUGUAUGACUAGUGGACCCUUUGAACGAAGGAAUGAAGCAUUUGAGAGAAGGAGAAUAGAGAGAGAAAUGUAUAGAUCGUAUCGGUCGAGGUAGUAACAUAUAUUCAAUAAUGUAAACGUUUAGCCUAGAGUGAAGGUCUUUAUUACUGCAACCUGAACGAUGAUAUGAUUAACCUUAUG